GCCCGGGUGACGUCGCGUCGGUGCCGGGGCGUUGUCUGCGCGGCGCGCGUGCGUGCGCGCGUGCUCGUUUCGUCUGUGUGUGUGUGUACGUGCGUCCGUGUAUGUGUGUGGGUGUAUCCGCGCGCGUGCGCGCGUGUGUGUGUGAGUCUACGUGUGUGUGCGUGCGAGCGAGUUGGUGCCAGUAGCCACGCACAGAGCAAAAACUGCAGAAGCGAAAAAUCUUCCUCGGGAGUGCAGCGCGCGCGGCCGAGUGGAUAACGGAGACCCUCACCUACACACUCGCAUCGAGCUUACCUGCGCUUGCCUACCUUGCUUACAGACCUGCAUACCUGCCCACCUACCCGCCUAAAUACCUGUCCGCCUCCCCGCCUGCCUAGUUAACCUGCCAAUCGCUAUCGCGGAGAGAGAUGUCAGCACGCAAGAUCUAAUUUUCAGCACGUUCCGCGUUCAACCCGACGCCGCGUACGUAAGCAGUUGCAGACUUUUAGUUCUGGCUGUGAAGGACGCAGUACAAUGGAGACUUCGUUUGUCAACUCCGAGUCGCGGUUCUCCGUGAUGGGCGAUGGAUCUCUGCGAGGAGGAGGAGGAGGGAUGGACUAUCAGGCGUUCAUGUACGGCGCACGAUCGAGGCGAAGCAUUAAAAGAGAAGAUUGCAAGGAGGGCUACAAGCUGCCGCACAGAUUGAUCGAGAAGAAGCGGAGGGAUCGGAUCAAUGAGUGCAUCGUGCAGCUCAAAGAGCUGCUGCCAGAGAACUUGAAGCUAGCGACGCUGGGACACCUGGAGAAGGCCGUGGUGCUGGAGCUCACGGUGCAGCACAUGCAGGCCCUCACCGCGCUUUCACAGCAACAGAAGGAGCACAUCGCCGCCCUGCAGAGCGGCGAAGCGACCGCUGCCACGGGCUCAUCGUCGUCACCGCCAUCGUCGUCACCGCCAUCGACUCCCCUCUCGUCGUCGCUGUCGUACAGCGCUGGCUACGAGUCGUGCGCCCGCGAGGUCAUGUCCUACCUGGGACGCACGGAGCGUGCCUCUGGACCGCGGCUCCUCAGUCACCUGCAGCGCGCGGUCGGACACGUUGAGCUCGAUACGAGCCCGCCCGCCGAGAACAACAACCACCACCAGCAGCAGCAGCAGCAGCUGAUGCCGGCGAAGGUCCAGUACCUGCAACAGAGGGCGCAGCAGUCACACUUCUCCAGCAGCGGCAGCAGCAGCGGCAGCAGCGACAGCAGCGGUAGCAGCAGCAGCAGCGGCGGCGAUGACGAGUUGGCGCCCCGGCGCAACUGCGUGCCGGUCAUCCAGCGAGCUUGCGCCGCCGCCGCCGCCGGCGGCGACGCGAGCGGCAGCGACGACACGGACACGGACAGCGGCUACGGUGGUGAGGGCGCCGGGCCCUCCCCGGCGGAGCCGUCCGGGGUGGGGGAGCGCACGACCCCCCCGCCGCCGCCGCCGCCGCCGCCGCCGCCGCGCGUCAAGCGCGAGGGCGACGCGCCCGAGGCCCCCUGCGGCGGCACCGUCGCGAAGCGGCCCCGGCCGUCCAGCCCGCCGACGGAACGGCCGCGCGCGGGCGCCGUCCCGCGUGGGCAGCAGCAGCAGCAGCAGCAGCUCACGCCGCCGCCGCCACCGCCGCCUCCCCACCCGGCCCUGUGCCUGCCCUUCUACCUGUUCCCACCGUCGGCGGCGUACCUGCAGCUGCUGCGGGAGAAGAGCGGCCUCCGCGAAUACGCGUGGCCCACGCAGCCGUUCCCCUUCGCGUACGGGCCGCAGCAGCCGGCGCCGCGGCCCGUCUCCCCGCACCGGGGCGACUGAGCGGCUGACGGUCGCUCGAGAGGAGAGAGAGAGAGGAGAGAGAGAGGAGAGAGAGAGGAGAGAGAGGAGAGAGAGAGGAGAGAGAGACAGAGACGCUCUCCGACACGCGCUCGAGAGACGCACCGGGCUCACGGUCGUCGGAGUUCCCCUCUCGUGAACGAUUUUGUAAAGAGAGAGGGAAGGGGAUUUAAAAAAACCCUCGCACGAACUUUGUGGCCAGCCCCACCCCCCCCACGCAAAAGGCGACUCCACGCCACGAGUUAACGGGACAACGUAGAGAAUUAUCCACGACGUAAAGCGACCGCAGCUCAUUGUGUGCGUGCGUGCACAGUGCAAAGCGAUAACGCUAAGUUCAUUCCGAUGAUGAUGAUGACUCCCUCCCACCUUCCAGUGAUGAAGUGAUAUACAUACACACGUACACAUCAGCACGCACGCCCAUACACGGAUACACGUUGGGGUCAAGGUCAAGAUGUCAUUUGUCUGGGGGUAACCUGCCCCUUCUUCAGCCUGCACCCGCACACCACGUGCGGCAACAUCCUCUUCCCGACGGCAUCGACAGCACACGAGGGAAACAUUGCCUGCAAAUUACUCAAUUGGGUAAAUCUACGCAGCAAGAUCGCCCUCCCCUGGCACUCCACAGUAUAUCCAUCUGUGCCACACCGUGCCUUUGUGAUAGCGUUGUGCAAUAAGAAUCGCACGAAUACCAACUCUACCAUUAAUAUUUUAACAGUAUAGCUACGUCUGAAUGUCCACCGUUGCUUCCCUUAUCCUGCCACGCGAAUUCUAAUUUCCUACGCGUGCACUCGUUAUAUUCAAGGGUUAGAAGCGUCUAUUCUGUUUGGGGUUUUUUUUCAAGUCCAGUUCUGAGAAACGCCGACGUGUAACUCUCCUGCAUCAAGCACACGUCCCUGAAUACUGAGGUCGGCCUCCCCACCCGCAAAACACGCGUGCACAGACACACAGUCACGCACGCGUGCACAGGCACACACAAGAGUCACGCACGUGUGCACACACACACACACACACCCGCUCCCCUGACAUCAGACGGGGAGCGUUAAGACGCGUUGGCAGAAAAACAGCAUCGGUCGCUUGGCAAUCUUAAAAUCUCUGCGCACAUUGCAUAUAUGAGGAUUAUUUAUUUUUUAUUCAGCCUUUUUUUUUUUUACAAGAUUCCAUUCGGAAACCUCUUGUGGCGGAGCGCUACGUGCGUGAGAGAACGGCUCUGCGAGAUUUCCCGCUGAACUCCUUUCGACAACGACGAAACAUCGGUCGAGUGUGGCCGUCUUAACCUCUGCAGCGGCACGAGGCGCUCCUCCCAACGCACUCUGCUAUGAGAUUGUCACGCCAACGCUGUGAUUCAGUCCAACUUAAUUGAAGAAGCGAAAUUGGCGACUGUGAUCUUUAAUCCAGCGAUGUCGUCUCAGAACUUUUGACCUCGCACGAUCAGGAACAAUUUUAAAACAUAAUUGGGAAGACAUUGAGCAAGUCGGAGGGAGUCAUAGACACUUCAAUAAACAAAAAAAAUAUAUAAAUAUACAGCACCUGUGAUAUAUAUAGGAUAAACAACUUAAAUGUGGCAAGAGUGAGUAAACGGUUAGGCAUAGAGGCUUUUGUUGCCCAUGCUUUUGCUGACAAAUGGCAUCGAUCAAUGAUCGUGGUUUAAAUUUCCCUCAAGUGGACUUUUACAUUUGCACCGUAAAACACAUGGCCGUCGUAUAUUAUAACUCAACCCGUACACGGCAUUGUCCGUGCGGCAAUACGUAAUAUAUUUUGUGUAGGCGCGCAUUGUCGCAAAUGACAUUGCAUAGUACUUGGAGUGAUGGGCAUUAUUGUGUGUGUGUGUGAUUAGAUGCUGAGCGCGCACGUGUGUGUGAAUAGACGCUGUGUGUGUGCGUGCGUGUCUCGUUGCUGUGUAGUAGCCAAGGCUGGUCCGGGCAAGCGAGCACUAAUUUCCAUAGCACGAUUUGAGGAUUACGUCGGCAUAUAAAUACGCAUAUGCUGCUGCUGUUGUUUUGUAAAUGCCUGCGUUGAUGAAUUGGCCGGGGUGAAUUUGCAAUUUGGUUCCAUAUUUUGGCCGAUUUUGACCGGCAACAUUUGCCGAAAAGUGUUUUCUGUUGCGAAAAAAAACCAUACAAUUAGUUGGCCAAAUCUGGAUAAAAAAUUUUAAAAAUAUAUAUAUCGGUUGCCCAAAUAUAUCAAAUAUAUAUUAGUUGCCAAAAUCUGCACACACUUGGUCGAUGCCACCCCACAGUGGGCAACUGGGAUUGCAACUGCGGGGAGGAGAGUGGCAACUUCCAAUCGGAUCGCGGGCGGUGGCAACAUGAGCGUCGCUUUCCAACCAGGCUCGUGCUGAAUGUCCAGGCAGCACGCGGCCACCCGACGUCAUUGAGCGGCUCGUGGUUGUCAUCUUUUCUCGCGGUCAACGUGUUGCCAUGGCAAUUGGCCGGCUACAAUUGUCCUAGAAAUAAAAUCGGCCCCUAAGCACAUCGUGGGACCUUGAGGGGCGGCCAAUUUUUGGGACGGCGAAUUCAAAUUGUGGCCAUGUCAACUUCUAUCGCCAUCAUCAUUAUAGGUUGAUCAUCAAUGGUCAUCAUGAUUCCUCCAGGGUGGAUAAAAAGAAUAGCACCUUGGUGAGUGUCUGCACUACUUGGUGGGGGAGCGGUUUCGCUGAUUAAGAGCAGGCUGCUCAAUGCCAUAGAUCUGUGGCAAAUCUCACCACUGCCUAAGCAUUUCCAAUGAUGACUGAUGAUGAUGACGAUGAUGAUGCCGAUGAUGAUGAUGAUGGGUACCUCCCCAGGCCCGUUUUAACACGGGAGGAGUCACUGGUGACGACUCAUUUUGACUUUGUACUCAAAUUGCACAAUUCUGAACGCACCUUUAGAUUUAAUUUCGUGUAUAGCGUUGCACUUUGACUUUGCAAAGUGACGUGCUGUGGUGAUGACGACGACGGUGAUGAUGAUGACUGAUAAUAAUGGUAACAAUUGUGAUAAUACAUUGCGCUCGCGCGUGUGUGUGUGUAUAUAUGUAUAUGAAUAGCUGGUACUUUGUGCGUGGUAACCGUGUAUUGUAACGGACAUCUCCUGUGCCCCACGUGCCUGGCUUUUUUGAGCUGCACGUGCCGUUGUCAGUCGUUCCGUCUCGUUAUGGUGCCUUAGUUUGGGCUCUCCCGAGUCCGCAUUAGGAAUUUCCUCCGCAAUGUUAUCUCAAAGAGACCGUAGGUUUAUGCUAAUCAUUGUUAACCCUCUCAGCCAGUCGACGACAUUAAGUGGAAGGUGAAUUUACAACGCGCUGUAAAAAAAAUCACAGAGCGACGCGCGGGUGACAACGUGACUUCUAUAACGCAACCAUUAAAUAAAAGUCAAAGAGUUUCUAA